AGGUACUAACCCAUUUUAUUUUAUCACAUCCAUCGCAGACAUUUGCUUUACACGCCGAUUUGGACGGAGGCGUUUGCUGCAGGUGUUGGUGUUCUAGAAGGCCCCACUGCCUACUGGAAAUCUGUCGAAAUGCACUGUCGUCACCUCACUACGGUAGCUAAAUUGACACUGGCAGAUUGCCCACAAGCCACCUGGCCCACCGCCCACUCGCUGCAACCGGCGAAGCGUCAUGCUACUCAGUCAGGUGUAAAUUCACCCUCCCUCGAUCUCACUUCUCGGUCCAUUCGCUCCCCCGAAUUUAAACUUCUUCUUCUUCGUCGCCUCCCCAGACUGGACUCACCAGACGAAACCGCCGCCGACCCGAUUUCGUGAGCCAUUGAGCCAAGUCCAGAGAGACGAGAUACAACAAUGACGUCGCUGCGGCCUCUGCGGGGCGGCUGCCAGUGCGGCCGCAAUCGUUACAUCAUCGCCAUCCCCCACGAUAGCCGCAGUCAGGUCCAGGUCCUCUUCAAUACCGAGCCUGUCCACCAGAUCCCCCUAGCGACCCCACUAGCUGCCUACAUUCGAGUGCCGCUCUCGUGGUAUCAUAGCACUACAUACGCCUUCUUUCCCGACGAAACGCACACCCUCAUCCGUCGUGCAUAUACACAUCCCAGCCAGCAGUAUUCAAAGAGGCACUUUUGUGGUUACUGUGGGACUCCGCUGUCCUACUGGUCCGAGGAUCCGCCCAGCGAGGCCGAAUACAUCAACCUCACCCUGGGCAGCCUCCUUCGAGAGGACUUACGAGACCUUGAGGACAUGGGACUUAUUCCUGAAGACGCAAACGACAAUGGAAUGGCGGAACACGGCUCCUCAACAAGCGGAGAUGCAACUGAUAAAAGCACACCUCUACGACCGUCAUAUGGAGUGCCUUGGUUUGAUGGUAUGGUCGAGGGAUCGAAGCUCGGACGCUUGCGGCGCAGCCAGGGCGUUCAGCAGUCAGAGGAUGGGCGGGUAAAGGUCGAGUGGGAGGUUGUCGAGUACUCCGGAGAGGGAGACCACAGCGCCGAUGACGAAAAUACGAACAUGGAGCCAAUGCUGCACGCAAAGCGGAAGCUGCAUGAUAGAGACGAUGCAGAUGCCGAAAUUUGAUAAGGCGGCAAGGUUCCAGUCAGGGUUUCUGGGGAGUGAGCCCGGAUAACAGCCUCGUGUAAUUUUACACACGGGUCGCUCUGAUGCUGAGACAAGUCCCACCGUAGGAGUUGAACAAUAGUGCGGAUAUUCUGGAAGAUAAGGAAAUCGGUGCCAUGUUUGUGUUUAUGGGAAGGCUCAGGUUUGAGACGCAGGCCUUGACUUGUGUAAUUUUGGAGCGAAGGAGGUGCUGUUUUCUCGCUGCUCUGUCUCCCUCUCUCGAUGUCGAGCCUGGGAUGACGAGAUGUGUUGGGAUAAACAGCUGGCUCGUGAAGGGGCAAACAAUGAUCGGAAUGACGGAAACGAAGAGAUAGAAGCAGGCCAAAAAAAAAAAGACACAUGUGAUGAACGAAAGAAGAAGACUGAAACACGAUAUGAUAUCAG